AUGGCCACCAACCCCAUCCAGCCCUGCUGCUUGCGCGCCUUCCCCUGGGACGGCACCCCGACGGGAAGCGAGACGACGCUCGCGGGGGUCAGCAACCCAGUCUACAUGGCCUACCCGCCGGGUUUCCCGGCGGCCACCGCUUCGUCUUCGCCGUCCCGCGCGGCCAUCUUGAUCGUCCACGACCUCUUUGGAUGGCGGUACCCGAACGUGCGGCUGCUGGCUGACGCGUACGCAGCCGAGGUCGGCGCGACCGUCUACGUGCCCGAUUUUUUCGGCGGCGAGUCGCUCCCCGCCGAGCUGAUCGAGGCCGGCAAAUGGGCCGAGCUCGACCUGCCGUCUUUUACCAAACGCAACAGCCGCGCGGUGCGCGACCCGGAGAUUGUGGCCUGCGCCAGGGCGAUCCGGGCGGUGGGGCAUGAGCGGGUCGGCGCCGCGGGGUUCUGCUACGGCGGGUGGGCGGUCAUGCGGCUUGCGUCCGGUGAGUUCGUGGAGGAGGAGAAGGGAGGCGAAGAUAGUCACGGGCGGAAGAGGGGACUGGUUGACUGCGUUACGGCGGGACAUCCGACGUGGUUGACUAAGGAGGAUAUUGACAAGGUCGAGGUGCCGGUGCAGAUGCUGGCUCCUGAGAUCGAUAACCAGUACACGCAGGAGCUGAAGCUGCAUACGUUUACAGAGCUGCAGAAGAAGGGGGUGCCGUUUGAUUACCAGCACUUCCCGGGGGUGGAGCAUGGGUGUUUUGUCAGGGGCAACCGGGACAGGAAGGGGGAGAGGGAGGCCAUGGCGAGAGCAAAGGAUUCGGCGGUUGCGUGGUUUAAGCAGUGGCUUCAAGACUGA